AUGGAAAUGUCUGACACAGUCAAACCUCUGACCUCCUUCCUCAUAGAGGACAUCCUCUCCAUUAAGGAUGGCACAAUACUUGAUGGCAAAUGCUGUUCACAGAAGAUGGAAAGAUGUUCACAGUGGAGAGAAGGAUCUGAAAAGCUGUCAGAGCAACUCGAGCCUCAGGGGACAGGAUUUGAAUUGCAGACAGGGUCCUUGGACACAUCCUGUCCCAGCACCUCAGAGUCCAGCAGUUUAUCCUCCCUGGGGAAACAGAAGCGCUCCAGAGCUGCGUUUACACACCUCCAAGUGCUUGAACUGGAGAAGAAAUUUAACCACCAGAAAUACCUGUCUGCCCCAGAGAGGGCUCACCUGGCAAACACCUUAAGACUGACUGAGACCCAAGUGAAAAUCUGGUUUCAGAACCGGAGGUACAAGACGAAACGAAAGCAGCAAACAUCAGAGUUCUGUAAGGACGUGUACAAAGCAGAGGGACUGGUUCUGAGAGACGAGCUGGUCCGAUCAUCACUUAUCACCUCCUUCUGCAAAGCUUACCAAUACAGACCCUAUAUGUGGGACUACAGGGGCCCCUGGGGGCCCACGUUAUGGUGA